UUCUUUUCAAACCAGUGCUUUACCCUGUUGCUGAAGAAAAUUGCAUAUAUCACAAGCCUUCUUGUGCAAAGUUUGGAGUUUUUCGGGGCCCAAAUAAAGCUCAAUGGAUCACAAUGGUUUAGAGAUUGUCCCUCUUAAUUUUGCACCCAUAAAUUGUGUAAAAAUGUCGGGUUCUGUGAGGGAAAGCAUUGCAAAUUCUUGAUAUUACGUGACAUCUUAAUUCAUUUUACCCUAACCUACCAUUAGCUUGCCAGCACGAUGCGGAGAAUGGAGAAAUUCAACCCAUCAUCUGGAGGGGUGGUGGCUAGCAUAUCAGCUGUGUAUAGAGUCAGUGUAAACCGGACCGAAGGUUUUCCACGGUUUGUUUUGAUUCUGGCGUCCGCUUACGAUUCGCUUUCACUCACACUGGCGCGCGCGCAACUGAGUCCGAUGAGGGUGUUUUAUGCUUAUGUUGAAAUUUGGUGGUGGUCAAACAUAUGGCUCAGCUGGGAAGCGCGUAUUGGUGAGCUCUGGCAUCGUCGGCGUCAGGUCUUUCAAUUUCAAUGUCUGUCCUCAGACAGUCAGUGGCGUGAUCCGAGCUAUGUUGUGAGUCUUCUCUUUGUUAUUAUUACUGGUCAGAAAUUUUCUUCGAUUGCUAAUAAACGGCUAAAAAUAAUGCUUUUUGUGUCGAAUACUGAGCUACUCAAGUGCUGAAAGGUGGUAAAACAUGAGCAGCUGGAAGUCAAUUGGGAGUAGACUGCCAAUAGUUGCCAGUAGAAUAUUUCCUACAGUGGAGGCAUGGAGUGUACCGGAUCAACUUCCAAAGCAGCAAACGCGUUCGAAUCAGUCGCAGACGCGUCAUGCGUUGAUGGAUUUACGCCGCAAGGCGAUACCAGUUGAACGUCAGCGACAGGUUCUUCACGAGUUGGUGGACAAGUUGGAACGAUCGCCAGAUGAGAAGAAGUUUGCCAUUCAGGAAGGGGCCAUCGAAUUGCUCAAAGAAUUACAGUAUGCACCGGAUAAGGUAAUCGUCGAGCAUGCUCGGCUCGGAUUGGCCUUAUUGGGGUAUGUGCCUCCCCUCCCCGGACCAGGCAUUCGAAUUCUGAGCGUCGAUGGCGGAGGCAUUCGGGGCCUGAUCGUUGCGGAAUUACUGAGGCGCAUUGAGAAAAUGACGGGCAAAAAGAUCUUUGAGCUGUUCGAUAUGGUGUGCGGAGUGUCGACUGGGGCCAUUCUUCUGUGUGCUCUAACCUCGGAAAAGAAUCUCACCCUGGAUGAAAGUAUAAUUUUGUACAAGAAGAUGAGCCACAAAAUGUUCCACCGACCGUCCCCGCUAGACAAGAUUACUGGCGCGUCUCGAAUGGUUCUGUCGCAUGCAUACUAUGACAUAGAACUUUGGGAAAGUUUACUCAAACAGUACCUGGGUUAUCGACGAAUAAUAGACACUUCAAAGCUGCCGAACGUUCCCAAGUUCUGCUGUGUUUCCACCACAAUUUGCGACGAGCACAUCGAAGCGCACGUGUUUCGAAAUUACACCUUUCCACUGAAUGCACACUCGGUGUACUCGGGCAGUCAUACGGCGCGCAUGUGGGAGGUGGUGCGGGCGUCUUCGGCGGCGCCGGCUUAUUUCGGAGACUUCCAGCUGGACGGCCAACUGCACCAGGACGGGGGCAUAUUGUACAACAACCCGACGGCGGUAGCCAUCCACGAGGCCAAAUGUCUGUGGCCGAACGAACCGAUACAGUGUGUGGUAUCGUUCGGAACGGGUCGGACACGAACCCGGGACUGGAAGGAUGGCCAAAAGAUUAUCAGCAAAAACAUCAUCGAGCAGACGUCGCUUUCUAGUUCGUGGAAAACGAAGUUUCUGCGGAUUUUGGACUCGGCGACGGAUACGGAAGCUACCCACACCAUGCUGAGUGACCUGCUGCCACCGGGACGCUACUUCCGCUUCAAUCCUUACCUCACGGAAUUCCUCUCCAUGGUGGAAACCCGUCCGGAGAAGAUCGCCCAGCUCGAGCGGGACACCACCGAAUACUUCCACCGGAACGAGGACAAGUUCGAGCUGGUUUCCCAUCUGUUAACCCGCAAGCGAAGUCUCAUCCUCAAGGCGUACAACGCAAUGCUACGGGCCACAUUCGGUGGAUAAACGAGAAUCCAUUUGUUCAACCUCAGGUCCCCCACGCACGAUUCUGCCAGCCAGCGUACGUUCUUGUUUACAGUUUUAAGAUGUGUAUAAGUUAUUAAGUUCCAAAGAUUAUAAGUAAGACUUUCUCUACAAACAGUAUCUCGAGUUUCUGCACGCGAAGCGUCCAGAGGCAGGUUCAUUUUUCACUUGGCGCCCCCAUUUAUAUUCGAAUGAACUUGAUUUUUUAACGCCGUAUUAUGGGUAAUUAGCUUAUACAUGCCUCGGUUUUGUUAGUCAGAGACUAAAGCGUGUGUUUACGCUGUGAUUAAUGUUACCAAGCCGGACUACCCGGUCGAAGAAGUCGAUAUAUUCUCUCCUCGUUCUAAGAUGCAAGGUUACACGAAUAAACAAACUUUGUGAGAAAACGAAAUCCAAA